UAUUCCAACCAAAAGUGUGCAUCAAAUACCUUGAAUUUAACUCUAUAUUUUAGAGAGAGAAUGGAGGAAAAGAAGCCCCUUUUGGCAGUGCUUGCAAUACAACUAGUAUAUGCAGGAUAUUUCUUGGUAACAAAGCUUGCAUUUGAUGUGGGAAUGAACACUUUUGUGUUUGUUUUCUACAGACAAGCUUCUGCUACUCUCUUCCUUCUCCCCAUUGCCAUCUCCCUCGAACGGAAAACUUCUCCACCAUUGCCACUCUCACUCUCCAUCAAGAUUUUCAUGCUCAGUCUAAUUGGGAUUACAAUGAGUUUGGACAUAGUGGGUGUGGGAUUGAAGUACACGUCAGCAUCUCUGGGGGCUGCAACUUCGAAUACACUACCUGUUAUCACUUUUUUCCUUGCUGUUGUUUUAGGGAUGGAGAAGCUGAAGAUAAGAACUGGCCCCGGAUUGAUGAAGGUUUGUGGAGUCACACUUUGCAUAGGAGGAGUAGUGACCAUUGCCUUCUAUAGAGGCCCUUUCUUGAAGUUAUUGCUUCACCACCACUUGAUUCACAACCAUCUUCAACAAAUCCAACCGCAUUUGCCCCCUGCAAACACUUGGAUUAAGGGUGUAUUUCUCAUGCUACUUGCCAACUUAUGUUGGGCCUUCUGGCUCGUGCUACAGAAGAGAGUACUAAAAAGUUAUCCAUCAAAGUUGUUGUUGACAACCCUACAAUGUUUUUUUAGCACAAUACAAUCUUUUAUAGUUGCUAUUACUGUUACAAGAGACCCUAGUGAUUGGCAACUUGGAUGGAACAUCAGACUUCUGUCGGUAGCAUACUGCGGAAUUGUAGUGACGGGCUUCACAUUCUACCUUCAAACAUGGGUUGUCGAGAAGAAAGGUCCGGUUUACCUAUCCAUGACCACUCCAUGGAUCAUGGUUUUCACAAUCAUUAUAUCAGCAUUUGUUUUGGGAGAGAUCAUCACUUUGGGAAGUGUUAUUGGAGCAAUUCUCCUAGUUGGAGGGCUUUAUUUUGUGCUAUGGGGAAAGGCUAAGGAAGAAGAGAGGGAAAAGGGGGAAUGCAAGCAAAUUGGAGAUGUUGAGAAAGCAUGUGGAGUUUCAAAGGGAGAAACAACAACAACAACAAGUACUAACUAGCUAGGGUUCAAGGAUUGUCCAUGUUAUAUUAAAUGUAGUACUUUCAUGUGUGAAUUGAUUAUUUCGAGAUCUCACAAUGCAUUUUAGUAGUAUUACAUUUCAUGUAUUGUUGCAUAUAUGUAUUUAUUUGAUGAUGUACAACCAAUUGGUUAUAAUAAUACUUAUAAUUAGUACUA